AUGAUGCAAUCCAGUCCGUUGAGGUACCACCACUCCCAGUCAGAAUCGAGCGUAGAUGAAAGAGAGGAAGGGGAGGACGGUGAGACGGGUACUGAGGGGACAGAGGGGACGGAUGGGGAGGAGUCAGAAGGCAUAGGGGGGAGUGAGGAUGGGAUGAGUGGAGGGGAGGGGUGGCAGCGGCGGCAGCAGCAGCAGCAGCGACGAAGGCAGGGAAGAAUGCGCGCCGAGCAACUGUAUGUAGAAAUCCCCCCUGAAGAGGGAGGGGGAGCGGACGAUUUGCCCCUCCCCACGCCUAGCGACGGCGGAAGCAGCAGCACGCGCAGCGUAGGCGGGGGAGGCGGAUUCCGGGGACUUGGGGGGCUCGGGGGGUUCGGGGGAUCAGGGGGAGCGGGUGCGGAAAGGCCCACAGGGACCCCCCCGUUGCCCAAAUAUGCUUCCCCGCGGCGCAGAAAGAUUACGGUUAAGGGGAUGCCGAGUCCUAGGCGGAAGGAAGGUACUGGCGGAGCGGGAGGCGCGGGGGGAGGGGGGAAGGGCGGAAGCAGCGCGCGCAUGCUGUCCCGGAUGCUGCAUGGGGCGGGGGCAGGGGGGUUGUUCGGGGGGAAAGGCGGAGGUGCGGGGGAGGGAGGCGGAGGCGCAGGGGGAGGCAAAGGCGGGGAUCAAAACAGUCAGAAACUAGUCAUAGAAGGCCCGGAUAGGUUCAAUCUACUGCUGCUAGAGGAAGGGGAGUACUAUUUUAAGGACUACGCGUGUAAUUAUUACCCCAACGGCGGCACGCAGCGGGUGCAGGGGCACCUGAAGCUGUGCAGUGGGUCGAUAUUCUUUGUGCCCAAGAGCACUCUGGAACCUGUGUUCCGCAUUCCCUUUGGCUGCGUGUCGGCUGUUGACAGGGCGGCACACAUGGGGGGAGAGAGGGGCGAGGAGUUUCUGAUCAUCUGUGCGAGUGAGCGCACAGACGUGAAGGUGGGCAACCGCCACGCGCCCUACCGCCACCACCGCGGCGACUUCGCCUUUGCCUUUGCUCUGCUGUACACGUCGCUGGCGGCGGUGCUGCCGCGCGUGUCGGCUCUGCUGGACAUCGCCCAGGGGCCCUCGUGGGAGCAGCCGGGCAAGCUCAGUGCGAUUGUGCAAGAGCACGAGCAGGAGGUGAGGUUCAACCCGGGGUGGCUGGAGGAGGGGGAUGACAGGGUGGUGGCGGAGCAGGUGAGGUUCAACCCGGGGUGGCUGGAGGAGGGGGAUGACAGGGUGGUGGCGGAGCUGGUGGGGUCGCAGAUGCUGCCCCUCGUGCUGCAGCCGGGUCGCAUCAUCCUCACGCCCUACAGCGUCUACUUCCAGCCGUUCAACGUCGUCUCGUCCGUGCCUGUCGUGCGGCACCCUCUGCGGACCGUCACGGCUGUCAUGCGGAGAUCGACACAUCUCCAAGAGAUCGGAGUGGAGAUCUUCUACUCACAAUGGUCCAGCAUAUACUUCACGUUCAAAUCAACCCAGGACUGCUCCCGGUUCUAUUCGCUGCUGCUGCAGCAGCCCGGGCUAUCAAUAGAGAGCAUGCGCAGCAGGGACAAGUGGGUGAGGGAGUGGGUGAGUGGCGGCAUCUCCAACUUCGACUACCUCAUGUACCUCAACCGCGAGGCCAACCGCUCCUUCAACGACCUCUCGCAAUACCCCGUGUUUCCUUGGGUUAUUGCGGACUAUACCUCCAAGGAGCUGGAUCUUACCUCCCCAGCCACCUUCCGAGACCUACGCAAGCCCGUGGGCGCACUCAAUCCCGACCGCCUGGAGAAGUUUCGGCAGCGCUACGACGAUCUAGCAGAGCUCUACGAGGACUGGGCGGGAAACUUCCCGGAAGGCGAGGUGCCGCCGCAUGUGCCGGGCACGCCGUCCCCGGCGUUCCUGUAUGGGUGCCACUACUCCACGCCCGGCUACGUGGUGUAUGUGCGCGUGCGCGACGCCCCCCAGCUCAUGCUGCGCCUCCAAAAUGGAAGAUUCGACAUGCCUGAUCGCCUCCUCUCUUCCAUCCCCGAGAUGUGGGAGGGGGCAUACAACAACCCAUCCGACCUCAAGGAGCUUAUUCCAGAGUUCUACUCUCUCUCCACGUCCUUCCUGCUCAACUCACAAGGGCUGGACUUAGGCGUCAAGCAGGACGGGGUGCCCGUGGGGGAUGUGGUGCUGCCGCCCUGGGCCACAGACGCCCAUGACUUUGCUGCCAAGAUGCGCCAAGCGCUGGAAUGCCCCUAUGUGUCAAAAAGGCUGCACCAUUGGAUCAACCUGGUGUUUGGCUGCAAGCAGAGGGGCGAGGCGGCAAUAGAGGCAGACAAUGUCUUUCACCCCCUCACCUACGAUGACAUUGGGGCUCAGGUGCUGGCAUCAGUGGAGGACGACACAGUGCAGCAGGCGCUGACAGUGCAGAUGAGGGAGUUCGGCCGCACGCCCAAGCAGCUCUUCACCGCGCCGCACCCGCGCCAGCUGCGCAAGGAAGUGCGCGUCAUUCACAGAUACGUGCGCACAGCAUCGCGCGCCAUGCGGCUGCCAUCGCUCUUCCGCCAGUCCACGGUGGACUCACACAUUGUGGUGCAGUCACUCUCCACGCUCAACCGCGUCUCCACCCACCGCUCCCACCUCGACACAAAGUUGAAAUCCCGACGCGGCUACAAGACCAUUCUGAUGGGAGCGCUGAACCCUCUAGUGGAGCUGGCGCUGCCAGACCGGUCGGUUUACCGUGCCAUCGCGCAGGUGGCAGGGGGCGAGAAGGACAGGGAGGGGCAGGAGUUUGGGCUCGAGUGGCUGGAAAACACAGCCAUGUACAGAGAAGCAGACAUGCUUCAAAUCUCGAGUGCCAAGUAUAUGCUUCCUCUCAUGCCUCUCGCUCACUCCAAGCAUGCCGACCAGCGGGCGGCCGCCAUGCGGGCGGUUGCCGCCCUCUGCAAGCCAGACGCCAACCGGCAAUUCGUCUAUUCUGCGGGCUUUCUAGAGCCCAUCGAGGCAGCGAUCGUGGGCGGAUACGACCGG